ACUGUGGAAACUCAGCUUCAAUUCAACGUCGUCACUGUCCUCCGUGAGCUGUCCCUUCCAUGCGAAGAGAACGAUCAACAUUAGGGCUCAAAGCCAAAGAAUUCCAUCUCAGUCAAUCGCUCGUCGAUUCCUACCUCCGAUGAAUUUCUGAGCCCAUCGUAUAGUUUCACUUUUCCUCUUCCUUUUCGGGGUUUCGCCCUUUUCUCCUUUUGGUGCUUGAUUGUUUUCUUCAUGGACGAAACCUACACAAAUCUCCCUACUAGCCAUUUGCUUGGCUCAGUCCCUGCCAUAAUCAAUGAUGAGAUUGAGAAAAGUGGCACAGACCAUGAAACACCAGAAGCAAGCAUGCAGACAUUCCCCCCAGCUAGUGGGGGGGAAAGACGGAGAGGUUACCAAACUCUUGAAAGUCCAAGUGAUUCUCAGCAGCAACCAUCAAAUGACUGGAAGGGGGUGUUUAGUGUAUCAUCUUACACUCAAUAUUUCAAUGUGGAUACAGACAUUGUCAUGAAUAGAUUGAUUAGUUCCUUGUAUCCCAUUGGUGGGGACUUUUCUAGCAAGAUCGAUGCAAACCCUGAUCUAUAUGGGCUUGUGUGGAUCACCACUACAUUAGUAUUUGUCCUUUCGGCACUUGGAAACUGUGCGACCUUUCUCAUGCAAAAGCGCAGUGAUCAGGGUGCUGCAUGGAGUUUUGAUGUCAGCUAUAUGAAUGUGGCUGCUGGGUGUGUCUAUGGUUAUGCGAUUGUGGUGCCCAUGGCAUUUUACUUUUCACUUCAAUACUUGGGGUCAGAUUCUAGCCUCAUAAAAUUUUGGUGCUUGUGGGGAUACUCUCUGUUCAUUUUUAUUCUGGCAUCUUUUCUGUUGCUCAUCCCGGUAGAAUUUCUACGAUGGUUCAUUAUACUCCUUUCUGGUGCCGCCUCAGCAAGUUUUGUUGCUUUGAACCUGAGGUCCUAUAUCAACGGAAAUGAUCUUUCGGUUCUGAUAGUUGCUGCAUUUUUCUUGCAAAUGGCUUUGGCAAUCUUCAUCAAAGCGUGGUUCUUUCCUUGAGCAAGCUCACUCCGUCUUUUGCCGUCUUCGAACUAUAUCUUAGCUUUGUUUCUGAGUGCUGACCUCUUAACUAAAGAAUGAUUUCCUCUUGGUUGGUGUUGGAAGUUCUUGGUCCCUGUAAAUUGUGUGAUGAAUCACUGAGGAUCGACAGAAGAAAAACGUCGACAGUCGAUAGUUUUUAUGAUUGGAAGUGAUGAUUUUAUCACAACAACAAUCACUAACAUGCCUACGGUAUUGUUUUGCAGAGCGCUCAGAUGGCCUCCCAUUGUUUGAGGAGAGUGAAAUCUGUUUUUCCCUUUUGAUUAUAAAUUUUCAUAGUAGUAUAUUCCACUCAAAACAUGGAUGUCAUUGUAAAUAGUUGUUGAAGUAUGUACUUUGAACAUUGAUGUGAUGUGAUUGAAAAAAACUUUAGCCUAUCUUAAUAAUUAGGUGUAUCUGGGCAA